AUGGAGAUGCAGACCCAAAGCUCUAGGAGUUUCGCAUUCAUCUUUCCCUUGGCCUCUGGUCACAUCAACCCAUCUUUAGCCAUUGCUAGGUCCCUUGUACAGCAGGGGCAUGAUGUGCACUACCUCUGUCGGGAACAGAUGCGUGAGGCUAUUGAAGAUACUGGUGCCGUGUUCCACAGCGACAUUGAAACUCAACCAGAGCUGUAUGCUGGGAGAGACCCCUCGAUGUGGGGUGCCCUGGGAUCCUUGCAGGAGGAGUAUGGCAUGAAGGGCGAAAGCCUUUCACAGGCCAGAUUGAAAAUGAGGGAGUUGGCAGCAGAGCUGAUGCUUCCUGGCACUCUUCGAUGGCUUAAGAAGAUCAAUGCUCAGGCGAUGCUGUGUGAUCCUUUGAUCAACUUGGAGGCCCCACUGGUGGCAAAGGUGGCAGGGAUUCCCUGCGUGUCCUUGUUGACUGUUGCAGGGCCUGGUGGACAGGAAGUUGCUUGGGGCGGUGUCUUGAAGGCAUUGGGUAUGACUGCGGAGCAAGUCUUGCAGGAAAGGCGUCAGUUUCAAGGACUCCAAGAUUGUAUCGAACGUCUGAAGAAGACCUAUGGCCUUCACCUCGCAGUGGAAGAUGGGGUGAAGCCUUUGGGAGUCUUUAGAUCCUGCCUGAUGUCUACUUUGACGCUGGUGACCACUGCCGAGUUCUUAGCGGAUCCCAUGUCACCAGAGGUGUCCAAAGCAUACACCGACCAUGACUUCGUAUACCUUGGUCCUCUGCUGGACAAGCCGGGUGCCAAACGUGCGGCUGGUCACAAGUUUGAUGCUGCCGAUCAUUCAGGUGGUGAUUCUGACGCGACAGCCUUGAAGUUGGCUCGUGAUGCAAGGGCAGAAGGUCGACCAGUGGUGUUGGUGAGUCUUGGAACCAUCAUCACAGGUGAUCAUAUUGACUAUGGCUGGGGUGCUCGCUUCGUUGUCGAGGGACAGCAGGUGGGCAUUUCCGGUCGGGAACUUUGCCAGGCAGCGUGGCAGGCAGCCUUUGAUGUUUUCGGCCAAUGGGACUCGAGCUCAAUGCAGUCGCCCUUGAUUCUUGCAGCGCUAGGUCCCCAAGCAGAUGCCCUGGAGGGACUGAAGGUACCUCCAAAUGCCUUCUGCAGCCCUACCCUUCCACAAGUGGAUUUGCUCAGACUUGGAGUGGAUAUUUUCCUGACCCAUGGAGGGCAGAAUAGCUUCAUGGAAGCCUUGUCCAUGGGAGUUCCCCUAGUAGUUUGCCCAGGCUUUGCCGAUCAGCCGGUGAAUGCAGCGAAAGCCGAGUCGUUGGAGAUCGGUCUCAAGGUGGAUCGACCCAUGCGACCCCUGGAGCAUGCUGAGGCAGACAUAGCUGCAUACAGGAAAAGCACUGCAGAUGCCUUGAUGAAAGUGACGCAAGAUCCAUCUUUCAAACAGAAUGCCAUGAGCUGCGCGCAGGCCUUGAGUGCUUGUGGAGGCUUGGUCAACUUUCUUGACUCCUCACCGGCCUUGCAGUGGAUGAGCACCUGGCGGAGUAAAGGUUGUGCAUUCGAGAGGGAUGCUGGGGGCAUUGCUGUGGCGAAAAUGAUGUAUCUUGAUGCCAACACGAAACCUUGGGUCGAAGUGAUGUUUCAGGUUCGAACCUUCUGGGACAUUGUGAAGUACGACUACGUUGGCUUCCGUUUUCUCAGCCAAGACAAGAUCCACGAUCAGAUUGGCAAAAUCUGUGAUGCGAAAGGACUAUCUGAUGCUGAUUGCGAUAAGUUCAGGGAAGAUUUGGUGAUCCCUCCAUGGUUGCACACCUUCUCCUUGGUGGCCCCAGUUUGUGGAUUGCUUGGUUUCUUCAUCCUCAGUAUGCGUUUGUCAUACUUUGUACAAACAAAUGCUACAGCGAAGAGGAAAGUCCAGCAGGGGGAGCAGGCCUUUCCGCCCAACGAGGACGGCACGCCCGAAGACAAAAUCUCAACGGAUGGCAUGCCUUGGAAACUCGCGGACAGAAUGGAUUGGGUGGUGAUCAUUCUGGGCACACCCUUGAUUUUCAUUGUGAUGGCUAUGAGGUCGUUGAUCCGAAUCUGGACCGUCAUGACUGGAACGGCCUUUCGCGAAGGCACAGCAUGGGAAGACAUGGAGCGCCUGGAGAUUGCCACUUACCAAAUGGAUCUCGAACUGGCCGUUGGAUUCCAGUUCUAUGCCUGCUUGAUGUUUGGCCUUCUCUGCACCAGCUUUCUGCAGCACUCACGGAUUGUGAGCACUGGAAGAGACAGAAAGUACACCCAACGGUACAUGAGGAUCGUUGCUUACACUGCGGUGCAAGGUGUUUAUGCCUUCGUCUUCAUUGGUGUGCUUAGAACCAUCUUCGAUAUCACAGUGACGUACAUUUCUGAAGUGCCCAAGUACCAUGACCAGGCACAGGUCAUUCAGGUGAAAAUUCUCGACAAGGCGCAGAGUUGCAGAAGCCGUCAGUUCUCGUUGGAGAAUUUUACCCGGCUCGUUCGCUGUCCGUUGUUCUAUCAAACUGCUCUUCGCUUCAUUGAGCACACAAAUUGGCAUCCUUACAUCUCUGAUUCACGCAGCAGAUGA